ACAUAACGUUUUGCAGAAGCAGCCUCUAUUGACCCUGAUUCUCGUGAGAUCCACAAUGGGUGACACCUGGACCGAAGACGGAGGUCGUCGGAAGCUUACUUCUCAAUAACUCACUUAUCAAUUUGGAAA